AUGUUCCCCUUUGUUUACCAAGGGCGAAGAUACAACCGGUGUACCAAAUUUAAGUCCAAACGACCGUGGUGCUCUCUCACACCAAAUUACGAUAGAGAUAAGAUAUAUGGAUACUGUGGAGGACAAAAACGUGAGAUUUAGAUCAUUGUUCUUAAAAUGCAUAUCACUGAGAAAACAGGGACAAAAAGGAAAUGGUCCAUUCGCUAUUACGAAUUACAUAAUACCAUGUAGCCGUCUUGACAUUGUAUAAUUUUUCAGUACACUUUCUUCAUUACAAACCAAGAGGUAGUCCUACCUCACCAGGAACAAUGGAACAAACUUACGUUAGGUUUAAUGUUGUGGUAGACAGCCUCCCUUGAUUAAGGUCCUCGGGAUCAGAUGCCAUUAAAGAUUGUCUCGCUGUUUAGUUAUCGGUGAAUAACAAAAACAACAACGACAAUCAUAAAAUCAUCUUGAUUUAGGAUAUAUCAUCUUUAUGGAAGAAAUACAGGGUCGACGUAAGGUCUGAUUUUAGAGUUUAUCAGAACAGCAUUAACCUUGAAAUAUUUAUUUUUUUUGUUUUUCAGCUGUACGACCUAUCAAAAUAACGACGUCUAUAACACGUGAGUAAUAUGCUCCCGGGUUCGGAAGACACCAAUCUGGAUAUGAUUUAGUUUAGUUUUAUGUCGACAGUGAAUGGGAAAUUAAACCUUGUACGUCUUUUACCUGUAACCCUCACUAAUACAACCUCUUUUAAAGUAGCCAAAACAUUUAAAGAUAUGAUGUCCUUGACCUACGGUUUUCACCUCCAAAUGUUUUCUCUCUGUCUUGGGUUAGUUCACAGAAUUGGUUGCUUUAAAGACACGUCGCGCAGAGCCAUUCCCAUACUUGAAGGCAAAAGUCCUUUUUUGAGAGGAAACUAUCAAAGAAGAAGACAUGCCAUAAGAAAGUGUGCCUUGGUAGCCAUUAGGCGGGGUUACUCAGUGCUUGGAGUCCAGCAUAGUGGCCAGUGCGCGUCAGGACCUUUGGCUCACAGAACCUUUGGGAGGUACGGACGAUCCAAUAGAUGCAGAAAUGGAAAGGGAGGACCUUGGGCUAAUGACGUCUAUAGGAUAUCAGGUAAACACUUUUUAUAGUCGGCUUUCUCCCGUCAUUCUCUAGCACAGGCUUACAGUUGUCAAAUUUUGCUUUAUUCUACACUCAAAAUACACGAAAAUUUAUUGAACUUAAAUCUUAUUGACUCUUAGAAAAGACUUUGGAUAAAAAGUUUUAUCGUUAAAAGAAACGAAAAAUAGACAAAGCCAGUGUCAUACAUUUGUACUAAUUAUCAAGCCAAACUGAAUUUGCUACAUCACAAAAUAAAUUCAAUUCUUUCCACAGGGAGAUGCCGACAACGAACGGUUCAGGGAAACUGUUGCGUGUUCCCGUUCGUGUAUCUCAGGCGCAAGUACCGCUCUUGCACCAGUAGAGGAAGUAGCAGGCCUUGGUGUCCCGUUGUCCCAGGUUACAAAAAAGGGCAACGUUGGGGGUACUGCCGGGGAAAGAGAUGUAAGUAUUCAACCGCAAUUUCUCUAGACCCUUAGUUUCUCCUGGUGAAUAGCUGACGUUAGUCCCAGAGUUGUAGACCUGCUGACUGAUGUUAUUUUUACGUUGUAACAUUUACAUCAACCUCUAUUUAAUUAUCUAUCUUUUUUUUUCUUCAGCUCCGUCCAUUAGAGUGACCCAUGGAAUCACUGGUAAUCUUUUUUCCUGUUUUAAUCAUUUUUGACUCUUUUCUUUAGUUCGAACCGCCUUUUUUGAAAUUUAUGUAUCUGCUAGCCCCACCACGCACGUGCGCGCUACAAUGGGAAUUCCGGGUGGUGUACGCAUUGAUUUUUAGGGUGGGCCAAAAAAAGAAGAAGAAGAUACUUUUAUUUAGCUAGGGUAACUCCUACAGUUACAAAAACGGAUAUUCUUAGAGGCCCUGGAUAAAAAGAAGUAUAAAAAUAUGUUUAAAAUACUUUAAACUAGCCCUAACUAAGCUAAUAGAAAAAUAUCCUUAAAAAAGGAUAAAAAUUAUUACAAGCUCUAAGAACGGUUCACAGGAUUGGUUUAGAAAGAAAAACUAACAAUGAACCCCAGCUCUGAAACAAUAGAGCUUUGGGCCAACAAGAAACUAUCAAAUUAGAGAUUCUAAAGAGGUUCUGGCCAACAGAAUUUUUACGGCAUGGAUUAUCAGCGAGUAACCAUGGAAACGGUUCACUCCCUUUUAUUCACAAGAAGUUUUAUGUUAGAGUAUUUUUAUUUAUGUUUAAAACCUGGUGCUAAUACACCUAACGAUUCAAUUUUGUGGAAAAGGUUAAGAAGCGAACUAAAAACAGCUACUACAAAAUCUAGACCAACAACCACUGAAAUCAUUAAUAAAAAUUAAAUUAAGUCAUUAUAAAUGCCAAUUACCGGUAUGUUUUACUGUGCGCGUGUUGGUGUAUGUGUGUGUGCGUGUGUGUGUAUGCCUUUUUUUGUAGUGGUCUAUUUAAAUUUUUAAGUCGGUCAGUUUUUGCACAAGCCCUUGGCUGUUUAAAUGAAAACUCCCUAGUUAUUCAUCAAUGGAAAAAUUGUUACUUAAUUUAAUUGUUAUUUACUCUUCUACAUCCGAAAGCGCACUACUUCUUACUCACACCUAGCACUUUAAAUCUGUAGUCAAGCCUCUUGGUUGCUACAAAGACACCAGCCGACGUGCCAUCCCACAAAUGGAUGGAAAAGAUAUUCUCGUCCGAGACUUCUAUCGACGCAGACUCGAUGCUAUCAAGAAAUGCGCUUUGGUAGCCGCAAGGCGAGGCUACAAAGUCUUUGCUGUACAACACCAGGGAUGGUGUGCAACAGGUCCAAGAGCACACGUGACCUAUCGGAAGUACGGACCUUCAAGACGAUGCAGAAACGGCAAAGGAGGCCCAUGGGCAAAUGACGUUUACAGUAUAUCAGGUGUCAUAAAUGCUUUCAUUAUUAAUUUGAGCCAGUGAUCAGAUAGUUAUACAAGUAUAAUAACUCAGCUGGCGCAUAUUUGUUUUUCCUCGACUUAAGACAGUUAAGUCUUAAUCAUGCGCACAGUCUAUCAGAGUAACUUGCCUUCUUUUGUUGCUAUCAAUUUAUUAUAAUUUUCAUUUGUAUUCUGUUAAUUUGAUUCAACCAUAUCAGGUUGUUGUUGCUAUGGUUUUUUUCUUUUGUUUCAUGCUACGGCGGCUAGCAGGCCUAUUGCCUUAACGCAUAUUUCCUUUUCCCCUAACAGGCAAAUGUCGAAGAAAAACAACAUCACGUUAUUGCUGUGCCUUCCCGUUCAUCUACAAAGGUCGUCGUUAUUACAGUUGUACCAGAAGAAAACACAAUCGACCCUGGUGCGCCUUGACACCCAACUACGAUCGAGACAAGAAAUGGGGCAAUUGUUAUCGUAAGAAAUUCUUCCUCAGAUUUGGUUGAUGUUAAUAGAUUUCCACACAAUACUGUUAAUGUGGAAACUAAUACCCGUCUCUUCUUUUGUAGGUCGCAAACCAGUUCGCCCAGUGAGGCCGGUAGUUCCUCCUCCAAGAGGUCAGUUGUCGUUUUUUAAAACUUAAGCAACAUACAUGUGUGAAAAACAGACCGACAUCAUGAACGCGAACAUAUGUAUGUACAUGAUAAACAGGUGUAUUAAUUGUUGGUGCUUCUACGUAGUUGGCCAACUUUAAAAUAAUGCAACUUUGUUCACAGAGAAAAGUCAUCCGUCUUCAGUUAUACUCCUUUAAAAUUUGCUUUAGCUUGAUUUGUGCUAUCCCUCUUUGCGUUCUGUUAUAGAACUGACUUAAACAAUCAUGUUUGAAUUUAUGUACUUACAAACCAUCUUUUUUUAUUUUCGUCUAGCGCGGGUUAUUCGCGUCACCGUUGGAUUAAAAGGUGAGUUUUACUUGUUAUUGUGCCAACUAUCUUCCGAGUUUCAAGAAAAUUGGUGGCUUUCAAAAUUAAGGUUCUGUAAAUAGGCCACUUCCGAGUUCCAGAAACCCUCACUUUCAAAAUGAGGCCAAGUGCACACAACCUUUCUUGUGAAAAUGAGUUUUAUUUCCAUAAGAAUGAAAAAUCAUUUUCAUAUCAAAGGCUGAGCACUUAACCUUGUUUUGAAACAGGGGCGCGGUUAACUAGGAAAUGGCCUAUUCCAGUUCUGCUAAAAUAGUGCGCACAUUUUUACAGUCCGUGGCGCAGGAUCUGAGCGUAGCCGGUACUGCAAAUGUCAAUUUUCAGUCACGCAUACGUUGUAGGGAGUACACGUUCUUGCGAUGUAACCUAACAAAAGAGAGUUGCAAAGAAGAUGCAAAAAUAAAAACAUUUUUGGAUCAACUUUUGCUCAGUGGUGUAUUGUGUUUCUUUCUGUCCCACGACAACAAUUUGGCUAUAACUGACAAUUGUCCUGAUUGUAACGUGAUUAAUGCAGUGAACGUUUUAGCCUCACUGUUCAAGGCAUUCAGACAGUGUGGCGACAGAAGGUACAAUUUACUCACUUCUGAGCAAUGAUUUCAAGCGUUUACAUUCAUACUUGCUUUUUGUUUACUUCAAGUUGGCACUAACUCCAGUUCUUGAAAAGGGAAUGAAACAGAGUGUAAUGUAAUUAACGACACCAGAUCGACAGAUCGCAUUCAUCGUUAAAAGGAUAUGUCUUUUUGCAUCUAAUUAUCGGGUUGUGGUUGCUCAACUCCUCUUGUUCACAUUUCAGCCCAAGGACUGGGCUGCUACAGAGACACAAAGCGCCGAGCUAUAGCCACAAUGGAGGGAAGAAGUCGUCUGCUAAAAGGUCAUUACCGACGAAGACAAGAUGCGGUACGAAAGUGUGCCUUAGCUGCAUACAAACGAGGCUAUAAAUUGUUCGCAGUGCAACACGGGGGAUGGUGUGCAGCAUCGCGUACUGGUUACCGAACAUACAGGACCUAUGGAAAAUCCAACAGGUGCAGAAAUGGCAAAGGAGGACCUUGGGCAAAUGAUGUUUAUCUUUUAAGAGGUAAAAAUAGUUCUUACAGCAACGUUUGCUUUAUUGCAUAAUUUUUUUACUUUUCAUUCAAGGAGUAUUCGUUUCGCUCUGGGAAGUAUCCGGGUACUCCGUUUCUAGUAACUUUUACAUUACUAAGUGUAACCUUUUAUGCCCCAGCAAUUUUCACUUUCGCAAUUCUCCCUUCAUCUACAAACGCUCUGGUGAUUUCACAAGUAGCCUUUUUAAAAGGAAUGAUCUGACAGUUACUUUUUUGGGUUCUUCAGGUUCUUGCCGUACUCGAACCUCUCGCAGUGACUGCUGUGUAUUUCCCUUCAUCUACCAAGGCAGAAGAUACAACAGCUGCACUAGAGUUCGAUCCAGGCGACCAUGGUGUUCACUUACUUCAAGUUACGAUAAAGAUAAACUGUAUGGUUACUGUGGAGGAACAAAACGUAAGAUUUCAUUUCUUACCGGCAGUUGGGUUAAUGUGAAUAAAUAAUUAGAUCCUCAUCAUUAUCAACGGCCUUACAUUCUAAGCCAUAAAAGAUAAACCACUCAGUAAAUCGAUCGUUAACAACUCUUUUGCUUAAAUCAACUUAUAGCUAAUAACAAGACACGCCGUAAUAAUGUUUUAAUAAACAUUUUGUCUCUUUUUAGCUGUGGUUUCUAUUAGAAUAACAACAACAAUAUCACGUAAGUACCUUUAUUUUGUUUUCUUCUUCCUAAAAAAAAUAUAUUUUAUUUGGUUUAAAGAGCUUAUUCCUUUCUCUUCUUCUCCUUCUUCUCUUUUUUCGAAAUAGCGGCGAUAGUUUAAGUUACUCCCGCGUUUUUGUCUGUUCUAUAAACACAAGUUAUCACCGUUAUUUGGCUUAAUAGUAUCCAAAAUAAGAUGACUUCUUUUGCCAAGUAAUGGUAAAAUUAAUUUUUUCUACUUAGCCGCUUUCAGGGAAUUAUGAUUUCUUACAUGAAACUUUCUGAAUACAAUGCUGUAAGUUUAUUUCUCCAUUAAAGUUCAAAGAAUUGGCUGCUUCAAAGAUACAUCCCGCAGAGCCAUUCCACAGUUGGAUGGAAAAAGUCGACUUCUAAGGGGUAACUACCAGCGACGAAUUAAUGCUAUUGAAAAAUGUGCUGCUGAAGCUGUAAAGCAAGGUUACAUUAUCAUUGGUCUUCAAAAUGGCGGAUGGUGUGCAUCAGGACCUCGGGCUCACAGGACAUUUGCAAAGUAUGGCCGAUCAAGCAAGUGCAAAAAUGGCAAAGGAGGGCCUUGGGCUAAUGACGUCUAUAGGAUUGUAGGUAACUAACAAUUAAACAUGAGGUUUAGCUGAACAAGUAAAGCAUGCGGUGUUAGGCUUAACAAGGGCCUGUUCCAGCUAAAACCCUGAAUCGUAUUUUGGCUUGCAAGUAUUUUUGCCGAACGUGUUUCAAAUCGGUACCAUGUGCCAGAAAGCGAAAAGUAAUGAACAGAGCUGAUCUAUGUCCUUCGGACUUCUAAAACUGGAUCGUGAUAAAAAAACAAUAUAGGUAUCCUUAAAUAUGCUUUCUAUUUCAGGGAAAUGUAAACUUCGCACGAAAGAAGGAUACUGCUGCCUGCCAUUUACAUAUCGUGGGCGUCGGUACAACCGCUGCGCAAGGACUCGUCGCGGAAAAAAAUGGUGCGUUAUUGCUCCUAACUACAACAAAAACAAACUGUGGGGGUACUGCAGAGGAGGAAGUCGCCGUAAGAAUGAAGCAGUUUUCUUUAUUGUUUGUGCGUGUGGUACAUUGUUUGUAAUAAUUUCAUUUUUUCCAACGUUUGGUUAAUUCUUUUUAUUCUGUUUUUCAUUCUUUUCAGCAAAACCAAUACCUGUAACACCUGGAGUUAUAAGUGAGUGAUUCGUGCUUGACAAAAGUGCUGCUUUUCAUGAUAGAUAUCCCAACUAAUGAUAUGUAUUUUUCCCAUAAAUUGCUCGUAGUUAAUUGGUUCUUGUUUUCGACUCUUGCUGUAAUGUUGACGGAACAAUAAGCUAAUUAAUUCUUGCGUUCUUUAAGGUUACUACACCAAGUUAAUGAUCUUGGACAUAAUUCUAUCUGUUUCAGAGUUAUUGGUCAAAAAGGAUCCCACCCUCAGAAAUCAAUUAGAUUUUUUUGGCUUGUUUGCGUUUAUGUUCGUUUGUUUUCUUCUGGUGGAAAAGAAAGAAAUGCCUGAAUACAUCCAAAUCGCUGGUUCUAUUACAAUGCCUUAUCCUCUUGACUUAGUUUACCUAUGAAACUCACUGUGAUUAUUUCGAAAUUUCUCAGUUAAAUCAAUUGGCUGCUACCGAGAUGCCAGUCGAAGAUCUAUUCCAGGGUAUGAUGGUAAAAAUAUUCUUAUCAAAGACUAUUACCGGAGACGAGCAGACGCUAUUUUGAAAUGUGCUCUGGUUGCUCUGAGAUUUGGUUACCGAGCCUUUGCUGUACAGCAUCAGGGAUGGUGUGCUACUGGUCCAAGAGCUCACGUGACCUACCGAAAGUAUGGACGGUCUAAUCGAUGUAGAAAUGGCAAGGGGGGACCAUGGGCUAAUGAUGUUUACAUUAUAUCUGGUAAGGCCGAUGUUUGUGAAGCAGAACACCCUUCAUAAGGCAAAAAUUAGAGCGACUGUUAAGGUGUCUAUGGUUUUUUUUAAGGUUGAGUCAAAAUGAGGUAUAAACGAUGCAAGUAUGAUCAAACCAUAAAAAUUGCUCUAUAUUAUUGAAAGUCAACCCAGAAAAAUAUCCCUGUGGAUGGUCGAAUGAAAGAGGUGCAAAUAGUAUUUAACUGAUGGUUCAAAUCAAUAACAAAAAAAAAAGCAAGAAUAAAUUUAUUCUCCGUCAUGGGAUGAGCAAGGGUCGUCUUUGUUACGCUUUAUGCACUGCACAGGAAAAGCACCUUUAGACAAUCAUACACACUGUUUAUUCACUAGAUUGAGACAACAUUGUCACUUAAAAAUUAUAAACGAUAAGAUAAGACUAAAGAGUUCCCUGGCUUGGAAGUGUCGAUUAAGCGUGUGCGAACGAGUAGUCAUCCUCAUUUUAAGUACUGGAAAAAGAGAAAAAGUAUGAAGCAUUCUGUGGAAAAUUGUGUUUACCAGCUAUGUGGCUUAAAUAGUAAUAGGUCAUUACAACUGUGGAACAUCGCGGUUGUCAGCAAUGUGGCCACGGGAAACCUUGUAUGCACAGGUCAAGGUAUGGUCUUGAAAACUAGAAGCGCUUUGAACACUGGGACCUCUUGACGAUAUAACCUAAACUAGUGGAGAGCUUUGAAUUAUUUUUAAUGCUGGUUAACGUGCGUAUACCCCAGAUUUAUAUGGUCUCAUUUGUCGAGUGUACUUUUCGAGUGACGUUUUUAUUGAAGUGUAUAUUAUGUGGAAUGCGCGUUACUUUGUAUCAUAAUUUUACCUUAUAUUAAAAUUUCUUUUCUUUUUGUACUUAAAGGAACCUGCCGAAAGAGAACGACGUCAAAUUACUGCUGCGUCUUCCCAUUCAUUUAUAAGGGUCGCCGUUACAACAGUUGCUCUUCCAAAAACAGCAAUCGGCCAUGGUGCGCUUUGACACCAAACUAUGAUCGAGACAAGAGAUGGGGUAGUUGUACCAGUAAGUUCAAAAGUAAAAGCAGUAGUUAAGUUGUCAAAAAACGAUAAUAAAAGUGUAUAAGGAAAUAAUUCGGAUAAAAAAACGACUGAAAGACUCUUUCCAUUUCUUUAUUAAAGGACAUCCGAUUAAGCCCAUCAGACCAGUCAGACCUGUCAGACCAGUCCGUCCUGUUCGACCCGUACGUCCACUUCCACUUCCAAGAUUACCCUCCGGAAGUAAGUAAUUUUAUGUGCUUUUUAAAAUUUUAAAUUUAUCAUUGUUAUCGUUGAGUUGAUCUUCUAACAAACUAGACACGUCCAUUAUUUCUUUGUAGUUUUUGGAUUUUAGCCCCCGAAGUGAAACAUCCCUUGAUUUUGAAAUGUUUGACGAAAGCUGCUAAGCUUAUACAUUAAAACCAACUAAUGUGAGAUAUCUCUUUGCCGUUUAAGGGUUUCAUUUCACUGAUAUUACACUCAUAUUUCAUAAUUCAGCAUUUCAUACUUCACCUUUCAUGGUUCAUUUAUUUUGUUGUUCUUUUUUUUUCUUUCUUCUCUUGCAGUAUACUGUAAUGUAUGUAACAUCUUGUAACGAUGCAAAAAAAAAAAUCUGCAACCUAAUCUCUUAUUUUGAAAGGUGUAUCGCAUAUUCCUGUUACCGCUGACAUUGCGUUCUUGAUUGAUGGCUCCCGCUACGUUGGUCGACGAAACUUUCACUUCGAAAAGGCAUUCAUCAAAUCAAUUGCUCGUCGUUUCACAAUCAGCCGACAUCAGUCACACAUUGGAGUCGCAACUUAUGGCAACAGGCCACAUCUUGGCAUGAGAUUUAACCAGCACAGCUCUCUGAGAUUGGUGGAAAGAGCAUUGAAUUACAUUCGGUAUCCGAACCAGUACGGAAGACGUGUUGAUCUAGGAUUAAGAGCCUCUGUACGAUAUUUCUUCCCUCGAAAAUACAAAUAUUCCUUUGUGCGCAGGAUUCUAGUGGUGGUGGUCAGUGGAAAGCAAACUGGGCGAUCGUCCUUCGUAAUCAACAGCCUUCCAUCAAAGUUCAGGUUAGUUAGCCUUGCUAAUUAACCCUAGGGGAAACCCUGUCUUAACUUAAUAUCUAUUGAAAAUUUAAACAAGGUUUAUGAACCAAAAAUAUAUAGUUCAAGCAUGUUAUUUUUUUUUUUCAAAAACGUUCGGAGCAAACAAGAAACAUAAAUACCUAUUGUUUAAAAACUUUUAAGUUCUCAUCUUGGAGACGUACAUUUUUAAGAUUCUAUCCCACCAACAUGGCAGUUAUCCACAAAACUGGUCCUUAUUUAUCUACCUCAAGGAAACAUUUUCCGGGUGACUUUCAAGAGAAUCACUCCGGGUUAAGCGAUUCCUAUUAUUAAUUAAAUCGCAGAAAACUGAAUGUUUCGGCACUUCUUAAUUUUCUAUGCAUUUCUAGAAGUGCUGAAGAGUGAAGAUCGUUGAGCUGUAAAUUAGCAUAGUUUACCCUGUAACUUAUUAGUAAGCGCUGAUCCAUUGUCGUCGUGCAUGAUUGUGGUUGACUAUUUUAUUGGGGCGAGUGAGUAGACCACAACAUGAGACCGAAUUGAUGUCCAACUGGUUGUGGUUCAGUUUACUUGUGAAUACAUUCUCCUCCCCACUAUUGUUCGCUGCAAGGUUAUUCACCUAUCUUUCUAUUUUACACAAAGUACUUUUAUGACACGUACCUUCGGUUUGUGUUUACAGGCGCCUAGGAGUGCAGGUUUAUGUCGUUUGUGUUGGGCGCAUUGACCACAGAUACCUGCGACCCAUUACCUACCGAAACAGACACGUGUAUGUUGUACGUUCCUACAGGAGUCUAGUAACCAGAGCUGGCUCCAUAGCGAGAGCUAUUCACCAGGAAAUGGUACGUAACAGUUUAAUAACGACAAUAACAACGUAAACAACGUAAUUAAAAACAGAAGUAGAACGUAACGACAAUAACAACAUCAAAACUAAUGUUAAUAACAGUAGUGGAAUAACGAUAAUAACAACAUCAACAACAAUAUUAAUAACAGUAACAGAAGUGGUGGUACGUAGUAAUAAGGACAGAAAUUUUGAACGACCCGCAAAAUCUCACGUCCGACGUCCAAGAACCCACAUGUUUCAUAUUUCAGUAAAACUUUAAAAUUUCUUUGGUAUUUAAUUUUAUUUUAAUCCUGUUUGGAUGAUGCUUUUUACUUGCAGCGUAUCGAACAAGAGCGAUACCGGGAUCAACUGUUGUCCAGCCUCCACCAAAGUGUUGUUCGCCCCUUAAAUAGAACCGAGGAGGACUGGAAACGUGACAGUGCAACACUUGACAGUUUCUCUAGGCACCGAAAUGGAACGGAUUUGGAAAAUUUCGCUUGAAGUCUUAAACAGCUUUUGUGGCAGCUUUAAAAAGGUC